AUGCAAAAUGGUGGUUUCCGACUCGGAUGUCAGGGUCCACUCCAGUCAGCUUUUCAGGGUUUGUGGGUUUCAAAGGAAGGGCUGGACGCUGCGCAGGAAAAGUGGGUCGAGCCCUUCGUGGACACCUCCGAGUGGGAGUACUUCGACUUAAGUUGCCAGAGCCGGGACCAAACCGACGACAAGGUGCUGCAUGAUGCGGUAGCCUCCGGCAAGCGCUUGGGAGCCAUCUUCAAGGAGCCCACCAUCACCCCGACCACGGAGCAGGUGAAGGAGUUUGGCUUGAAGAAGCCAUUUGGUUCGCCAAAUGGUGCGAUGCGAAGGGGCUGGAACGGAAUCACCAUCUCCAGAGACACGAUCCACAUUCCAGGCAUCAAGCUGGGUUUCGAGAACCCAGUCUUCUUUGAGCGUCAUGCCGUCGGUGGAGAGUACGGAGCCAGCUGGAAGGGAGUGGGAAAGGGCAAGGUCCUGACAACCUUUUGGCCGGAGAACGAGAAGGAAAAGCCCACGAUUGUCGACGGGCGUGUGCUUCAUGAUGACGAGUCUGCAGUCGUUGUUUAUGACAAUCCGCUGGACAACGUGGAGGACUUGGCUCGCAUCUUCUUCGAUCGCUGCCUGGAGGCCAAGAUUGUGCCGUAUGUGGUGACCAAGAAGACUGUCUUCAAGUGGCAGGAGGGCUUCUGGCAGAAGAUGAAAAAGGUUUUCGACGCCGAGUACAAGGAUGCCUACCUGAAGGCAGGGCUGCUGGACAAGACUGGCGGGGAGCUUGUCCACUUGAUCUCGGAUGCUGCGACCAUGCAGAUCAUCCGCUGGACGGGCGGAGGCUUCGGCAUGGCUUGCCACAACUACGACGGUGACAUGCUGACCGAUGAAGUGGCCCAGGUCCACCGAAGCCCAGGAUUCAUCACAUCGAAUUUGGUUGGCAAGAACGAGGAUGGCUCGCUCAUCAAAGAGUUCGAAGCCUCUCACGGCACUGUUGCCGACCUGUGGCACAUGCAUCUCCGUGGAGAGGAGACCUCCAUGAACCCUCUUGGCAUGGUCGUGGCGCUGCUGGGUGCCAUGGACCAUGCCGCCGCCCUGAAUCCGGCAACCCAGGCGGAAGUAACAAAGUUCACCGUGAGCGUUCGAGAGGCCGUCUACGAGGCCUUCCGCACCGGCAACGGGACGAGGGACCUCACCGGACCCCAGGGCCUCACCACUGAGCAGUUCGUGGACUGGGUUGCAGACAACCUCGCCAAGCGAAUGGCAAAAGAUGGGCCUGCUGAGGUCUUCACUGGAGAUCAGGUCCCUGAAGUUGCAGCACCAUCGAAGAAGCUGCGCAGGAAGUACCAGGCUGUGGACCAAGAUGCCAUGAAGGCUUUCUUCGACAAGUUCGACACCGAUGCGAAUGGCACCAUCUCCUUCGAAGAGUUUGUGGACAUGACGCUCGAUCUGGGCAUUGCGCCUCUGAAACCAGAAGAGCUGGCGAAGGAGGCGGAACGCGACGAGGGAUGGGACGCCAAAAGGGUGAAGAGUGCGAACGCAGUCGCAACCGGAGCUGCAGCUUGCUGGCUGCGGCUGCGACAGCAGAGGAACUGUGAUGAGGCCACGGCCUGUGCCAAAGCCUGCUUUUCCAAUGGUUCUGCCUUCUCUACCAUCUUGAGCGAACUGCCCCCGCACGAGAACAUCAUCCGCUGCUUCGGAUUUUCCAUCGACGCUCCACAGCGUCCAGGCGGCAGUGGCAUGGUGAAGCUUCUUCUGGAGCUUUGCAGCGGCCACCUUUUGGACUUCCAGGACUCCAAAGGUGGAAAGUUGUCGCCCAAGGAGAUGAUGGAGCCCUUCGUGCAGGUGACCGAAGCGGUCCGACAUCUGCACGCACAGCGGCCCCCAAUACAGCAUCGUGACCUGAAGGUCGAGAACGUUCUUCAGGGCAGUGACGAGAACUGGAAGCUCUGCGAUUUCGGUUCUUGCAGUACGGCCUGUGUUCCAGGACACGAGCUUCCGAGGGGCGAGCUCCAACGCCUGCAGGAGGAAAUCGACAAGACCGUGACAAUGCUGUACAGGCCCCCCGAAAUGGCGGACGUACAGCUGAACUAUCGGAAGGGCUAUACCAUUACCGAGCAAGUCGACAUUUGGAUGCUGGGCUGCAUCCUGUAUACCCUUGCUUUCUACCGGCAUCCCUUCCAGGAUAAUGCUACGCCCAUGGCGAUUUGGAAUGCCAAGUACUUCAUUCCCUCGGAGCACCCAAUGGCCAGGAGCGCGAAACUCUGCGCUCUGAUCCACUGGCUGCUGGCAGCAGACCCAAAGGACCGGCCCUCGGCCCCGCGGGUGCUGGAGGCAUGCAAGGCUAUUGGAAACAGCGAGUACAACGAGUUUGUCGGGCAGAUGCCUGCCAGCGUCCGGGACAGAAUCCUGCAGCACGAUCGCAUCUACGGUGCUAGGAGUACCAAAGAGCCUCCGAAAGAAUGGGAUUUGAAAAACCUUCAGUCAGCUGCUGCUGCAGUGGCAGCGAGCCACAGCAGCGGUCAGAGCAACGGCAAAGUCCGCGAGAAGGAGGGGUUUGAUGUUCGGUUUGCGCUGUCGCCGGACACCAACGGAAGUGCAGGCUAUGCGCAGAGCUCUCAAAGAGGGCAGCGCCAGGCUGCUGCGAAACCUCCAAGCCUACAAGAGGAUCUGCUAUCCCUCGAUGCUGGAUCUCACCAGCCAGGCUUUCACCACGCUGCCUCCACUCCCGCCCUGGACGAUCUGAUCGCCCUGGGCCCGGCGACGCCGUCCCGGGCGAAGAGCGCCCCGGCAGUGGCGACGCCGGAAGCAGGUGCCGGUCAGAACCUCCUUGCUUUCGCAGACUUCAGCAGCAUGCCGCAGCAGGCCCCGCCGAUGCCCGCCACAUCGACUGCAGGAUUCUCUGCACCUGCGGCUCCAUUGGCUGCGCCCGGGUUCGCGGAUUUCGGCUCCGCGCCAACCUUUGACGCCUUCGCGCCGGCGCCGGCUCAGGGAAAGGCCGCCGCGCCGGCGCCGGCUCCGCGGCCGGCCUCCGGGCCUUCGGCAGACCUGCUUGACUUGCUGUGA